AUGACGUGCGGCCUGACCGACGCCUCCGCACAACCCCGAGGUGGUCCCACCGGCGCCGGCGGCAACCCCGCAUCCGCCGGCACCGCGCUGUCCCCGCCAAAGGGCCUAGACCAGCCCAUCACGCGGCCCUUUAUGCGACUCGACAAUGGCACCUGGCUCCACGACCGGCCCGAGAAGGACGUCUACCGCCUGCACGUCGAGGACGAGUACAACAUCUACGGCGGCGCGGACGAUGGACUGGAGGGGUUCCGGCGGUUUUUGAACAAAUCUGCGAAGCGUAAGGGGUUGUUGCCGGCGUGGUAG